AAUAUGAGGAGCAGAUUUACCAAAGUUUAAUUGGUGUAACAUGGACGUAGCUUUGCAUUCAGGAAAUGCUUACACCUCAUCCAACUUCCUGACACGACAACAAACACGCGUCAACACCAUAUCACAAACAGAAAAACUUAUAUAUACGGGAAAAAUGCCAACAAACAGAAUAGAUAGAGAUAACAAGAAGUGCAAAUUAUAUACAGAGAAAGAAAUGGAAAAGCAAACAGAUAGUAAUAAGGGAUCUAUAGAUAAGAGUAAAUUAGAAGGAUUGCCAGUGGAUACAAGUCCAUAUACACAGUAUAAGGAUUUGGAGGAUUACAAGCAACAGGGUUAUGGAACACAAGGCCAUCAACAGCCCAAUCCUGGGCGUGGUGCUGCCAGUUCCACCGACGCCCCAACCCUAGCAGGAGGUGGACCUGCCUCUGCUCAAGCUCAGCUUUCUGCUACUGAUAACAUCAAUCGUCAGGGUGUCCCUUAAUUAAUUUCCUUAAUUUUUAGUCAGAUCUAAAACACUUAUUCCUUGUUUUUAGUUUAAACUAGGUAAAAUAUGUAUACGUAUAAUAAUAAUAAUAAUAAUAAGAAGAAGAAGAAGAAGAAGAAGAAGA